GUCCUUUUUGAAUAGCGCGCGUUAGAAGAAAUUCGACAAAAAUCACACUACUUGGUGUUUUUAAGAAGCAAUACAUGUUGCAUGAAGAAGUGGUUUGUGUUCCUUCGAUCGGUCCAAUAAAACCUCCAACCACAAAUCUGUAUCUGAAUCAGCCGGAACAUACAAAUUAUUAUUUACGGCGCGUUGUGAUGCUGCGGUGAGCACUUCGGUAUUUGCCCGAACAUUCAUAAACGAGAUCUGUUUUCCACAUAGAUCAGUUAAAACAAUUAUUAGUGUUUUCGCAUUUAUGUAGCAAUAAUUAGAGUUUAAACAGGACCUCUGGUCAUUCGUAUUUCUGUUUAUGAUCCUCUACGGUCCAAAACCAAUAUAAAACAAACCCCACAUCCUACUUGUUUUAUUGUUUCCUAGUCACAACUUUUUGGUUAUUUUACCAACUAAAUCCAUUCAAUUCUGACAAAGUCAUAUUUGAGUCCAUAUUAUUAACAACUUGUGUCUUCUGGGAUAGAGGUGAUUGAGUCUGGUUUCCAUGUUAUUCGUGGAUUUACACGUAUUGUUAACUUAUUUCAUACAAAAGGUCAUGCGUGAUCAAAUAUACACAUCCUUCUCCCGUCUCCAUUUAUUUGUUUGUAUCAAUUUGAUCCAGUAACAUAAUACUAACCUGGUAGAAAUUAAUCUCAGGUUCUACCGUUUGAUAAGCAUUCAACAGACACUCGGAUUUAAGAGGAAUAUGAGUUCAAAUGGAUUCUAGACGCAGGAUUUGAAUGUGUUCUAUUGUCUUCAGACCUAUGAUCUUAUGCCGUCGUAUAAUCACAGUCUAUCAGUGAGAUAAACAUCACUUCAUCAGUAAGACGUAUUACUUGGGUCUACGUAAUUAACUGCUAGUCUCACCGAGAAUUUAGUCUGUUUGCAACAAUUCAGUCGAAGCAUUUUACAUAUCCAAGUGCUCGUGAAAUAACGGACACAGUGUCUAGCGUUUUGCCAACUAUGACAUACAACUUGCGAGGAAAAGUUCCAAAUUACUUUUCGAACGCUUACACACUAGUCUCGGGUCUGUUUUCUUAAUUUAAUGACGCGUAAUUACGUAAAUCCAGGUUGAGGAAUCCAUAAAUAAAACAUUUUGCAGUAUUUGAUAAGAUGAGCUUCAUGGCACGUGUUUCCAGAAAAUAGCAUUUUGUCGUCCGGUUACAGUCUGUUUUACUUAACUACAAAUAUAUUGUCAUUUAAAGUACUGUUGAGAGCCAAGCGUGCAAACUUACAAUUGAUGAAUGAUUUACAUUAAAUCAUAGGUCUUAGCCUAAUAUACUUAAGAUUACGCAUGCGCAACUACCGACUACCACGGCGCCGUGAUUAUUAGUGUUGAAGACGGUCGAGAAAAACGUGGCAUCAGUCCAUAAAGUUUGGUCUGAGCCAUGUUGGUAGAUGCAGAUUACUUGGUUGGAGUCCGCGUGGCUAUCGUAACCAAUGGUUGGAGACUGUGUGACAUGGCUCAGAAUCGUGCACAAUUGCGUGGGUGUAUUCACUCUUUGUCUCCCCUCAAAACGUGAGAAUGAAUUUAUUUGAUACCUUUCUUACUACGAAGUAGUCCUUCCUCCUUGUAUCAUCCUUAUAUGCGAUCUUUUUCUGCAUAUAUUAUUACCAUUGAUGUACCUGCCUCUUUGAAUUUGGUAUUCAUCUUGUACUAAUUAGGUAUGGAAACUCGGACCGUUGCAUAUAUGUGCCUGGUCCUACGUUUUAGAACAAGUUUCCUUAUAACUAUUCAAAAUCCUGCAACGCAUUAGCGAAUUCCUUCGUUAAUGAUGGUCAUCAUUAAAGCAGCUAUCUAAUAAUUAGUUUAACCUGGUGUAGACUCGCAACUUCGUAGUCGAAUUCGAAUUUCUUGAAGAUAAACAGGAACGAAAAUCUUUGAAAAAUUCUGGCAAAGUUUAACAACAAGAAGUCCACUCUUAUUUGAAGAUCACACAUCGUUGGUUCUAAUUCACUGGAGUUAAAUAGUCAUGCUGGUUUUCUCCACCUAUGAGUUCCUUUGGUAAUCUCUUAAAACAGAAAGUUCUACCUAGUGGCUCAAGGAUCAACUUGAGGACAAAAUUUCAUACUUAUUUCAAACAACUGGCAGGAGAUUAUAUUUCAUCUGGUCGUGACACUCUACAACGUAUUUUUCAAAAUCCAGUGCGAUCUACUCUCUGGACUUCAGCUGUCCUUGCUGUAUCAUACAUUACCAGCACCUGUCCCAAUAAACAGAAUUAUUAUGCUUCUCUCGUUGAAUCUGCUAUUGAUUUGUGGGAAGUUCCAGAUCUUAUACGCAACUCUGGAAGUGCCAGCUACAUUCAUAAAUGUCUUAAAUUAUUCUCUAAAGAACAGAUUAGGUAUAAUAACCUUGGAUUAUUUGCAAUUAUCUGGCGUGAUGAUCGAACUCAGUCGUGUUAUCAGUAUGCAGAAAUAUGCAAGUACACCUAUCCUGCGAACGGGGGAGGGAAUUUCACAGGUCUCCUUCGUUUAUUCUUGUUCGAUCGUCCUCAAGAAAAUGGUCUGGAACGCAUACAGAAUAUUGUUCAGGAUCGCAUUUUGGAUUUUGGAUUCAUGGGAAAAUGGUGGUUCAUGUCACACUACAUGGAUAGCUAUGACAUCAAUCCUGACGAAUGGGAAACUCCAAAAAUCUUCGAGAAGCUCACCAGGAAAGAGUCGGACUAAUAACAGUUUUAAAAGCAGUGCGAAACCUAGUCAGCCUACUUGCUCGUCAUCUCAUUUUAAACCAUCUGAAGAUCAAAACUGCAGCGGACAAAAUAUUGAAUUACAUUUGAAUAGUCCUAAUAACAUGAGUGAUGACUGGGAAAUCAUAAAUGAAGAAGUUUUGUACGUAGACUGUCAAGGUCUGCUAGAAGAUGAUAUCUUAACCCCAUCUAGUGUCAUUCGCCUUGUGGAUAUAGAGUCAGAUAAACCUCUUAUGCAGGUUGGACCAGCGGUCUUUGAAGGACGUUAUGAAGAUACAGUUGGGACAUAUUUAUUCUUUGAAAAUAACUCCACUCUGAAUAACACUCUUCCCAUAGAAGGCGCUUCUCUAGCACCAGCGCGCAAAAUGGACGACCAAACAUCACAGCAUACCACAACCUAUGUCGCUAAAUCUUCCAAAUCUCUUACAUUUCAGCGCAUUUUCCUAAAAGCAAAAGAAGGAAAUCACUAGCUACUCCCGUUGGGAAUGUUAAUUUUCGAGUACUGGAGUGUAAUUUGCAGUAUGAGGUUUUGUACUUGUUAAGACAAAUAUAUUUUUAAAUGAGC